GUUAAUACACGCUUUGUAUACGUCUAGUGAAAAGAAAAUUUCAAUAUUGUGGCUUCAAUUUAUUGCUUUGCAAAAAUGGCACUUUUCCUACAUCUUGAAAAUAAAUGUUUGAACCAAAAACUUCAGCUUGAAUAGCUGUCUAGAUAUUAAUUGCAAGUAAUACACAUAAAUUUCCGGUCGAUCAAGGUAAUCAAGGUGCCACUAAUACCGAAUUUUGAAAUUAAAUUUCUGUGGAUUGGAAGAAACUUUGUAAGCGAUUGAAAAAUAUGAAAUGGUUGAAAAUUGAAUGUAUGUCUUCGACAAAACGCACAUAUUAGAAGUAUAUAAUAGAAAAUGGGGGUCUUGGCGUCAUUGAAGCGAUCCUCGGUGGUUCACCUGAUGUUUGCUAUCACAUUUUUUACAUCUGGACUGAUUAUUAAUCUAUUCCAAUGUAUAUUGUACAUUGGUUUACGUCCAUUCUCAAAAUACCUGUACCGAAAACUGAAUUACUAUCUGUGCUACUCGUUUUACUCUCAAUUAGUAUUCAUGGCUGAAUGGUGGUCGGGUACAGAUGUCAUAUGUUAUAUAAACAAGGAAGAGUUUGACAAAUAUUACGGCAAUGAACACGGAUACUUACUAAUGAACCAUAGUUAUGAAAUCGACUGGUUAGUGGGCUGGAUGUUCUGUGAACGUAUUCAAAUGCUAGGGAACUGUAAAGCCUAUGCAAAAAAGUCAAUUCAGUAUAUUCCUACACUGGGAUGGGCUUGGAAAUUUGCGGAAAGUGUAUUCUUAGAAAGGAGUUGGGAAAAGGACAAAGAAACUAUAGGUGAACAAAUUAGAGAAUUAGCCGAUUAUCCGGAUACGAUGUGGCUAUUGUUGUAUGCAGAAGGGACACGUUUCACCCCAGAGAAACAUGAAGCUAGCCAAAAAUUUGCACAUGAAAAGGGGCUACCAGUAUUAAAACACCAUUUAACCCCACGCACAAAAGGAUUUACAGCAAGUCUUCCACAUUUAAGAGGGAAAGUGGGUGCUAUCUAUGACAUUCAGUUGGCAUUCAAGCCAACAGAAGUAGUUAAGCCAACUAUGACAAAUCUUCUUCUAGGAGAGAAAGUAGAAGCUCAUAUGUACAUAAAUAGGAUUCCGCUCGCUGAAGUUCCCGAAGGGGAUGAAGCCGCUGCGGCUUGGCUACACCAGAUCUAUCAGAAAAAGGAUCGAAUGGCAGAGAGUUUUAUGCAAACAGGGGACUUCUUCGCCACAAGCGGGGUACCGCCAACAGGGUCCUUCAAGCUGGAAAGGAGAUAUUACUCUCUCAUAAAUACCACUUUCUGGGCUAUUGUUGUACUUGUUCCCAUGUUGUACUAUCUUGUCAACCUUCUACUAUCUGGGUCUACAGUAUACUUUUUCAUCGGAGUAGGGAUCAUCCUAUUGUUUUUCCUGCUGAUGUAUAAAACAAUUGGAAUGUCUGAGAUAAGCAAAAGUUCGUCAUACGGAUCCGCGGAAAGUAAGAAGCCUCAGUGAGCACACAAAUAGACAGUUCUUGUUUUUGGAUCGAACAAGCCAGAACAAAACAGAGAAACAAAAUAUAUAUAAAUAAAAUAUAAGAAGUUAUUAAGAUAUAUUUGCCAGUUGAGAAUAGAUAAUUAUAUUGAUAGUAGUUUAAAAAGAUGCGGGGAAACAAAGAGCGGCGCCACCCUCCUUUCUGCGAUCAGUGAGUGGCGAACUUCAGAUCACAGACUAUUGAAAACAAAAGCAGGUACAGCACUUGAAACAAGCAAUCGAGCUGGUCAAACCAACUUGAAAGAGAAAUAAAAGGAUGACGCUUAUUUCCUAUGCCUUUCUCCGCUUCUCUUCGAACUCUUAACAAUACUAUACCACAAUAAUAAUGAAAUUUCGAGCAAUUAAUUUGUGAACAGCGAUAUAACAAUUUGAUACCUGUUGGAAUUGGAUUAUUAUAGCACGUAUUAUAAAUAUGUAUCCAAUACAUAUAUGUAUGUAUAGCAUAAUAUGCAGAAUUUUUAGCUUCUAUCUCCUCACUCGAAUAUAUCAGUCCUGCUGACAAAACUCCGGCAUGGUAUUUCCAAAAAUGAAACUGAUUAAGUUAAUUGCAAGGGAUUUGACUGAACAGAUAUUUUUUUCCUUUUAUUUACUAAUAUUGUACAGGCGAUCGAAAUCCACGAGAGACGUAUUAUAACAUUCUUUGUAAUAUCAAUGAAAACAAAAUUGACGAAAAGAGGAGAGAAAUUUUUAGAAUAACACAAAUAUGAGACUGAGGACCCGAAAGAUACAGGAUUAUAACAAUCUGUUCUACUCAUUCUAUGCACCCCCUAAAAAUAUGCAAUUUUUGGUUGGAUAUGACUGGCAUUUGUUUAGCAAUGAACAAAAUACUUACGGCGAGAGAUUGUAAUCAGAGAAGCAUAAAUUUUUGGUAUAGACUACUGAUAUUAAUAUAACAAUAUUCAUAUUAUAGAUACUGGUUAAGAGGUAGAUGUGUUUGUGUUUAGAUUUCUUUUUUAAACCAUUGACUGUUAUGGUUAAAUAAACAGCUUUUCAAUCA